GAAAAGAACACCCCAAAAGCACAGGGGCAUACCACCACCCCAGAAAGGAGACACUGCAUGAGGUUGGGUAAGAGGUGAAACGACGCCGUACCGACCACAGCUUCCUCGUAUCGUCUUCGUCACAUCAGAUCUCUUCUGCAAAGCCUCCGAAAUCGAGGUCAUCCGGUCGACGGGGUUUAAAAAAGAGAGAUAGAGAGAGAGAGAGAGAGAGAGAGAGAGAGAGAGUUGAAUCGUCGACAACAGAGAUGGGUGCCAGAGCCAGAGAGUUCUCCGACGAUGGCGUUUCGCCAUCUCUGAGCCAAGCGUUAGUGUUCGCCACCAUGUGCAUUAUUGGCCUCCCCGUCGAGGUUCACGUCAAGGACGGCUCGGUGUACUCAGGAAUCCUCCACACGGCUUGUCUCGGGAAGGACUACGGAAUAAUUUUGAAGAAAGCAAGGAUGAUCAAGAAGGGGAAACUUGAGGCAAAUGUGGCACAUGGUGGCAUGGUAGAAACUCUUGUAAUCCUGACAGGAGAUCUUGUUCAAGUUGUUGCCAAGGCAUUCCAGCUUUCGGAUGAUGAUAUUGUUAGAAACAUAACUGGCGAGGAUACAGAAGCUGUUGCAGGCACCAUUCCUUCUUUUGAAUGUCUAGGGACUGAGGCAAAAAUGUUGAAACCUGGUAAUGCUGCUGUGCAUAAGAAGCAAAUUAACAACACAAGGAAUUCAGUCCAAAAUGAAAAUGGGUUUGCUCAUGGUUUUAUGGCAACACCCUCUGAGGAUAACUUGAUGAGCAAAAUUGUGGAGCAUGAAGUGAGAAGGAAGGAACCAAGUUAUUUGGGUAGUGCCUUGGAAAUUGAAAAUGGAAAAAGAGAUUCCAAAAUUUUAGCUAAGAGUGAAGAAGCUCCCAGCUUCCCAGACAAUGGGAGACAGGUUGGAGAUGAUAGGAUUCAAGGAAAGCAGGAUCAUUCCAAACAAAAAUAUGAGUUUCAUCGCAAAGAAACUGCUCAUGAAAUUCAAGGCUCAAGUUCAAGCUCGGAUGCUUGCAUCACCCAUAUGAAACCUGUUGAGGCAAUAGAUGGCAAGAUGGCAUCUGAGCUUUUACCAAAUGGAGUAUCACAUGAUGGUCCUGCUCCUUCAUGUGUCAAACCCAACAAAAGUUGUUCUGAGAGGGCCAGUGCAGCAGUCAUGGAUGAUAUUUCUACAGGUGUUUCAACUUCUUCCAAUUCGGUUGUGGGUGUUACCUCUGUAUCAUGUCCUACUUCCUUGGCAACUCCAACUGAGAUGGUCCUCCCUCGUAGUUCAAUUUCUAAUAAAAGUGCUAAGGAAUCCAAGCUCAAUCCUGGAGCAAAAGUCUUCUCUCCUUCAUUUACACAUCCUAGAUCAGUUACUCCUCCGGCAGUUCCUGCAGUUGCAAGUGUGGCUUAUGUACCAAACAAUUCAACUGUGGUUCCUGUUGCUUCUUCACAGCCAGAAAUUGGAAUUAGCCCUUUUGCACCUCGUUCAUCUCUGCCUGUCAAGUUUGUUCCAUACAGCAACCUGAUAGCUGGAAACGGUGGCAGUGGUUCUCAAUAUUCACAACCUAUUAUUGGGCAUAUGGCAAGCAGGCUGCAGCCGGUUAGAUAUGCUGGUCAGUAUCAGCCUGUACAAGCUGGACCUGCUUAUGUACAUCCAAAUUCUCAAGCUGUUAUGGUUGGACGGUUGGGGCAGCUUGUCUAUGUGCAUCCAGUUUCAUAUGAUGUGGUUCCGGGUGCAGCAGCUAUCUCACAACUAUCUGCACGUCCUCUGUUGACGCCAAAUCAGGUCCAAUUUCCAAAGCACCAAGGAAGUGUACCAUCCCAAGCACUGCAACUUUGUGUGCCUCCACCCGUUUUAGCUAAUGGACAGCAGCCAUUUGCAGUGCCAAGUCACAUCCCUCUAGUCCAACCUCCUUUCCCUGCUAACCGCCCUAUCCCAGUCCCAGGAUCUAAUGCUCUCUUCAAUACUAAGUUUCCAUGAGAUGUUUCUUCUACUAUUACCAUUGGCAAACCUAGGGUUUUGUUCUUUUCAAAACCUUUUCCACAAAAUUUUGUCUUAUAAUCGGUUAUUUUUGCAUAAGCUGAGUUCUAAUCGUAUUCAUAGAUGUUUUUGUCAUUAUACGUGAGAAGUAAAAUCUCUUGUGCGAAGGGUUAAAUGCUGUGAAGCCUCGUUCACGAGGAAGCAAUGUUUCUUUUUAUGAUGAACUUCAUAAGAUCCCAAGAAUGGCAAAUAUGAUAUUAGAAACAAUAUGGUAAGUCUAAUAUCUUUUUGUUUAAAUCA